CUCUUUGUCUUCUCACCGUGAGAUGGUUAUGAUUCAUAUCUUCCUCACCGCGAUGGUGGUUGGAGGCGUUAGUCUCUUCCCGGAGACAGCAGAAGCAACCGUGAUGGGACCGUCGAUGCAGAAACUGACGUGGCAUUACUACAAAGUUUAUAACACUUGCGAGAAUGCAGAGAAUUUUGUGAGGCACCAAGUUGAGAUAUUUUACAAGAACGAUAAAAGUAUUGCUCCUAAGCUCCUUCGUCUCCUCUACUCCGACUGCUUUGUCUCCGGAUGCGAUGCAUCAGUUCUUCUAGAAGGUCCGAACUCAGAGAGAAUGGCGCCACAAAACAGAGGACUUGGAGGAUUCGUGCUCAUAGACAAAAUCAAAAUAGUCUUGGAACAGAGAUGUCCCGGUGUUGUCUCUUGCGCCGACAUUCUUAAUCUUGCAACUCGGGAUGCUGUUCAUUUGGCGGGUGCACCAUCUUAUCCUGUGUUCACAGGCAGGAGAGAUGGUUUGACCUCGGAUAAGCACACCGUGGACCUACCAUCGCCAUCCAUCUCAUGGAACCAAGCCAUGUCUUAUUUCAAAUCCAGAGGCUUGAGUGUUCUUGACAUGGCUACACUUCUAGGAUCACAUUCAAUGGGAAGAACACAUUGCAGCUAUGUCGUUGAUCGACUCUACAAUUACAAUAAGACCGGUAAACCAUCUCCGACUAUGAACAAGUAUUUCCUGUCUGAAAUGGCAAAGCAAUGUCCUCCAAGAACAAGGAAAGGCCAGACCGAUCCGCUCGUGUACCUAAACCCGGACUCAGGCUCAAACCACAGCUUCACAAACUCAUUCUACUCGAGAAUUCUAUCAAACAAAUCUGUACUUGAAGUAGAUCAACAACUGCUUUACAAUGUUGACACCAAGCAAAUAUCUAAGGAAUUCUCAGAGAGUUUUGAGGAUUUUCGGAAAUCAUUUGCUCUUUCGAUGAGCAAGAUGGGAGCGAUGAAUGUGUUAACUAAAACAGAAGGUGAGAUACGAAAAGAUUGCAGGCGUAGAAACUAAACACAAAAGCACAAUCUCUCUCUGAUCUCUGUGAUUGCAAGAAGAAUAAACAGAAGGUAUAAACAAGAAACAACAGGAAAGAAGAUUGAAAUAUUUAUGUUUCAGAUAUAAAUUUGUUGUCAUUUAUUACAUUGUAAUCGCCGUGAAAAGGCUUCUCUAUAUAGCUAAAGGAGAGAUUGAUUCUUUUGGUGUUUCUAAGAAAGUAGAAUUUUUUUU